AUGAUUGAAGAAGAAUACGAUUAUGAAUCACUUGGUGGUAAUACCACAAUGACACAAAAUGCAAUAGCAGGUGCUUUAGCAGGUAUUGCAGAACAUUGUGCAAUGUAUCCUGUGGACAGUAUAAAAACUAGAAUGCAAGUGAUUUCCACUUCUUCUUCUAUACAAACCUCAGCUAAACUGAUGAAUCUCUGGAAAGGUGUGAAUUCAGUUGUGCUUGGAGCAGGACCAGCCCAUGCAUUACAUUUCACCACAUACGAGUUUUGCAAAGAGUACUUUGGAGCCAAUGCGACCAGCGGUCACCAUCCGAUAGCGUCAGCAGCAGCAGGUGCCUGUGCAACGAUAGCUCAUGAUGGUCUAAUGACACCCUUUGAUGUUGUCAAGCAACGUAUGCAGCUAAAGGAUUCAACUUACCGAACCAUUCGAGAGUGUGCAUCAUCUGUGUAUACUAAAGAGGGCUUCAAGGCAUUUUAUAUUUCAUUACCUACAACACUUGUCAUGUCAGUUCCUUUUCAAUCCAUUCAGUUUGCAACCUACGAGUUUUUUAGAAAGAUACUGAAAUCAGAGGGACAACACUAUGACCCAAAGACACAUAUCAUCGCUGGUGCACUGGCAGGUGCAGUUGCAUCUUCACUGACGACACCUAUGGAUGUCGUAAAGACUUUAUUACAAACAAGAGGCACAAGUCAUGAUCCUCGUAUUCGAAAUGUGACAGGAUUUAGAGAAGCAACAGGAAUAAUCAUGGAACGAUAUGGUCUCAAGGGAUUCUUUAGAGGUUUUAAACCAAGAGUGCUGACACAUAUGCCAAGUACAGCCAUUAGUUGGAGUGUUUAUGAGUAUAUCAAAUGGGUUAUUCAUGCUCAAGAUGAUAAAGAUACUCAAGCUCAUAUUGUAUCAUUAUAA